AAUUGCUCCGUGCGUUAAAUCGAGGCGCUCCGUGAAAAUUGCGAGAAACUACUGAAAAUCAAUAGUUUAAUUAACAAAUUAACAGUGAACGAUCACGUUUUCCAUUAAAGUGGAAACAAAAAGGGAGAGAAGUGGAAUAGAAGGAGGGCGAAAGGUCAAAAAUAGCUCGAGCUGAGGCAAAGAGAGGAAGAGUAGAUCACCAGAUCAUGUCCACAGACACUCCAAUUUAAGAAAUAAAUAUGACUAAGCCGGAAGAGGAGCAUCUGCAGCAGCUGCUUGUGCAAUUGGAGAAGGUACCACGCCCCCAGCUGCAGCAGACAUUCGUGGCCCACUUUAAGAAGGGCGGCAAGGGGGAUCACCAGCAGGGAAACUGCAGCCUGGAGGAGUUUGCCGCCUACUUUCUGGCUGCACUGCGCCAGAGCACAAGGCAGUACUUCUACACAAGGAGUUCGGAGACUCCCGUUCAAUCCCUGACCCCCAUCCGCCAGCCCAAGCCACCGCCCGCCGAUGUGGCUAAGGAUCUGGAGGAGCAGCAGCUCCAGCUCAACGAAUCCCUGAUACUGAACCGCAGCAGCGGUAGUGUGACCUCCAUAACUCCGGCCCGUCAGCAACCGCAUGGAAGAAGAUCUAUGUCAGGAAGUGGCGGUCAGUUUUGUAGCACGCCCAACAGGAGCGGCGGCGGAGGAACACCUGGAGGAGGUCACAGCCUCUGCCUGGGCGACUUUGUGGUCACCACGCCCAACCAGAGCCAGCAGCGAUCCAAGAAGAAGACCACACCCCAGCAACAGCAGCAGAAUCAACAUCCAGGAGCCGGAGCCGGAGCCACACCCCAAUCCAAGCCAUGGCGACGUGUCUUACCUAUGACCAUCAGCAAGAAUGUUUCAGCCAACUCCUCCUUUGGCGACACCAGUUCCUUUAGCAACGAGAAUAAUCUUUGGCGAAUCUCGCAGAGCAGCGAAAUCUUUGACAGAAGUCAAGGAGCCGCCCUGGAAAUGGAGGCACGCAAAUCCCUGUUGCUCAACAAGCAGGAGAUCAAAACCGAGGCGCCUGUGAAUGUCAGUCAGCAGGAGAGGGCGCCCGAGGAUGAGGUAUUCGCCGGAGAGGCCCUUAACUUAGAGGAUGUGAGCGAUACCAACCAAUUGCAGCUCAUAUCCAGCCUUUACAGCCUCCUGUUGGACCUUAAUCUAGUGCCUAAUGUCCUGAGUGAACUGAGCUUUGUGCUGCAUCUGCUCAAUAUACGAGACUUCGGGCAAUCCCCCAAAGAAUCAGAUGUCCCCGCUGCCCUGGAGCGACUCACCCAGUACAAGAGUUGUGUAUACUUUGCCUUGAAGCUGCUGGAGAACCAGCAAAAGUUACUUUUACAGCUGGACAAAAGAACAUUGAUGGUGCUGCUUCAGAACGAGAGACUGAGCCUGCUGCCCCCGGCGAUGGUCCAGCAACUGGAAACCUCCUGCCAGCAGAGACAGGAGCUGGGUAAUACAUCCUUUGCCUUGGAUACCUCAUCCUCAUCGGCUCAGCAGAAUGUAUACUAUCACGUGGAAAAGGAUUCGCGGGACAACUUUCCCACGCAGAACGAGUUCGGGGCCUUCAAGACCCAGAGGGAUCUCUUCUACAAAGCCCUCAAGCAGUGGGAGGUGAGCCACCUGAAUCGCGUUUUCAACUUUGCCAGCGAGCUGGCGCCCCGGAUUAGGGAGAUCUUCAAGGUAUCGGAGCACCCGGUGAACAUGGCGCACUUUGCCAAGUUGUUUGUCAGCCAGCUGCUGAUCUCAGCCACCGAGACCACCGAAUCUCCCGAGGAACUGGGCUUCAAGUUGGAUCCCCUCAGGCACAACAAACUGGCCCAGCGCUUGGUGACCUCCAAUUCCAGCGUAGAAGGUCAGUUUCCGCGUUCGCAGGCCUUCUUUCGCGAUUUUAUCGCCGGCUGCUCAUCGGUGGCAUUUCUGGUGCACCUGAAGCUGGCUCUUUUCGUCCAGCUAGUGCGUCACAACGACUCCACCUUUGACCUGCUCCAGCUGGCCGAAGAUGUGGGUGCCGAGGAGCAGUCCGCUCAGCAGGGCCCGUACAUUGUUCGCGUCCAGGCCAUGGCUAACAUGCUAAUCCUGGCCAAGUUCCUGGGCUAUGUGACUGUUUUGCCUUUUAGCGGGACCACGCAGCAUGGCAAUCCAGCUCCGCCUCAUCUUUGCCCCCAGCAGUUGCAGCUGCGCAGCCACUUUCACCCGGACUUCAGUCUCCGCGAGAUACUCGAACGCUCCAUGCGGCAGGGCAAGUUGCUGAUCACGCUACCCUGGUUAGUUCAAUACCUGGUGAUGCUCGAUUUGGUCAGCUUGCAUCUUCCAGACUCGCUGGCCACCUUGGAGCUGCUGUACGGACUAUAUGCAGCUUUACAUAUGGAAAAACUACAACCGGGAGCUGUGUUUAUUGUCAGGAGUUGCAUUGGCUGGUUGCUGGAUGCACAGCCCCAGUUAGUUAACGACUACUACAGUCACCGGGCAGCGAAGCACAGUACUUCCUCGAUUGUGGAUCUCUGUUUGAGUGCACUACGUUGUCACGAGAAAUUGAAUAGUCCCCUGCUGGAGGAACUUCUGCCAGUGGCCUGUCCUUUCCUCCAAGAAUUUCGGGUGAGCAUCACGCCUUCUCGCCAGGCGAGGAGUGGCCGCUUUCGAUACAUAACCACUCGAUUGGAGCAGCUGCAGCAGAGUAGCAGUGGCACCUCCAAGGAGACAAUGGCUCCCAGCGAGCUAACGCCCUCGGAGCAGCAGCAGCGCAAGUUGGCCGAUGCCUUCCUGCACUCCCAAAACGCCUCCACCAGGAGGUUGAUCGAGUUCGUCACGGAGCGCAGCUUCAAGUGCGUGGUCAAGGAUGCCCAGCAAGAGAUUCUGCUCCCAUCGAAGUCGUCGGCCGAUGCCAAAGUUAACGAGAUCAGCUCCGUGAAGCAGGAGGAGGUCUACCAGAAGCUUCAGCAGAUCUUCCAAGAGGCCAGGGAGAAGGCCUGCCAGCGUUGGAAGGAGCAGGUGCCGCAGAUGCUGGACAGGCGCAUAGGUAAAUCCCUGGAAGCCCUUCUGCCCGCCAGCACAAAUGUGGUACUGCGGUCCACAUAUGCUCAUUUAAUCCGCGUCCAAGCGGUGCAACAGCUGCAACAUUGGCUCCAAUCCAGCGUGCUGCAGUCCACAUUCUAUCACGGUGACCUCCAGGAGCUGGCAACCAAGGUGUGCAACUCCAAUAGGAACAAGGCGGAUGCAGCUGCUGCUGGUGGCAACGGUUCCAGUGAACUCCAGCUCAGCCCGGAUGUGGGCUUCAGCAUGUCGGAGCUGCUCUUCCAGCUGCAACAGUGGCUGCACUGCCUCAGCUUGCGGCCGGAAAAUGUUGGCAGUCGGCAGGAGCUGGCAGAACUCCUUAGACAAUCCCAACAGGCGGUCAUGUUUCCCCAAAUGCCCACUGUAUUCUAUCACCUAGUUGGUUCUGGACUGGUACACCUGCUCCAGUUGAUCAUCAAUAGAAAACCGAAUUUCCUCGACGAGGAAUUAAUCUCAACAUGCUGUUCGGUGUGGCGGUCACCGCAGUUCAUGGCCAGUGAAACUUCUCCGGGGAUCUUCGAAGGCCUACUCAGCAUUAGUUUUGUGGAGGAGAUGUGCCGUAAUCCGGACAGCUUUCGGAUGCUGGAGAAAAUCUUGAAAUCUAUGUUGCAUACAGGGGCAAUUCGGGCGGAUCAGCUCAACGAACUCUUCAUGCCCCUCUUUGCCCAGAACUGGCCGCCAAAUGUGUGGAGCACCCUUUCCAAUCUUCUCCAGCAACUCUCUCUUUCCGGCAAGGAUACCGGAGGCCACGACACCUCCAGCGAAAGUCACGAAGACGAGGCCAAAUCGCAUCUCUUCAUGGAGAUGCUGGCCGAUUUAUCGCGGGAUCUGGAUAGUUUUUAAGUUUAAAAGUGUUGGUUAUGUCAUUUAGGGAUUAUGUUUCGAAUAAAGCGUUCCUUUUCUGUA